CCGUGGCAUAGUGGAGUGCCCAUUGACAUCUUCAUUAUCACAACACCUUUAGAUAGAAAUCAAGUUUCUUCUCUGUUUUGUUCUGUAGGUGCGGCGUACGGCAAUGGUUCCUACUUUGCUGUGAACUCAUCGUACUCACAGGGCUACGCUAAACCUGACACCAGGCAGCACAAGCGCAUGUAUCUGGCUAUGGUCCUGGUGGGAGACUUCACCACGGGAAGAGCCGGCAUGAUCACCCCCCCCACCAAGAGCUCCAGCAAUGCUACAGACCUGUACGACAGUGUGGCAGAUAACAACGCCAAUCCAACCAUCUUUGUAGUCUUCAAUGACAUCCAGGCGUACCCAGAAUACCUGAUCACAUUCGCCUGAUCGAUGCUAUGAUCACAUUGUGCCACCGUUCUGAUAAAAACAUACCUCUGUUUUUAGUUUUCUUCUCUGCAACAACUGUUUAAUACUUAUAUAAUACAUUGCAUGUUAACUGAAGGGCUUGUUUCCAUUUGAUUUAUUGAGAUUAAAGUUAGCUAGAUGAC